AUGUCCACAUUCGAAACCACAGGAACUCUCACCAAUUUAGGAUUCAUAGCAAGUUUUCUUACAAACUGCUUCCUGAACUACAUUACUAUUUUUCACAUUAAACAUAUUAAUGGUACCUAUAAACUCAUGAUCUUAAACUUUUCAACAAUUAGAAUAGUUUUCUCUGGUUUGGAAGUCGUAGCAAGACCAUUUGCUCAUAAUUACAAUAAUUCAGUAUUCUUCUUCAGUCCCGGCACUUUAAGAAUUUCUCCAAGUAUCUUACAACUGUUGAUUGCGUCCUGGGCUGGUUGUUACUUGAUCAUUGUUUCAUUCAUUGCUGUUCAGUUUGUAUAUCGCUACCUUUUCCUAUCUGGCAACAAAAAAGCAGAUUGUUUUGAUGGGUUUGGAGCUACUUUCCUUAUUUCUAUGAUUUGGAUUUGGAUUUUAUCCUACUUGGUGAUUAUUGGUUUCUUAGCAAUGCAAUUCUUCUAUAGAUAUCUUUAUUUUUGUACAGUAAAUAGACACCUAAUGUUCGAGGGAAGAGGAACAAUUGCGUGGAUGUUGUACCCAAUAAUUCCUGGAAUGGUUUAUGUCCCAUUUUUAUGGUUAUUCUGCCGGCCUGAUGAGCAAUCAGAUAAUAGCGAAAUGAAGAAGUUCUCGGCACCCCAGCGAAGACUUCAACGGCAAUAUUUCAAAGCUUUGGUUGUUCAAUGCGUUGGACCAACAGUUUUUUUGAUAAUCCCGGCUGGACCCGUUCUGUUAACACUCAUGUUUUCACAAAUGAUUAAUUUCGAUUAUCCGUCUGGGUGGCUAUUUUCGACAAUUUGGUUGUACCCACCAUUUGACAGUAUAUCUUUUAUGAUUAUUGUAACAGAUUACAGGAAAAUAAUAAAGAAAAAGUUUAAAUUCCUAUUUGCAAGAAAAUCCAAGUCAGCUGUCGUCAAUUUGGAGGAUCUUCCAAGAACUUAA